AUGGUCGGCAAGAAGGGGGAGCCCAAAAAGGAGGCGGAUGGCAAGGGCAAGGGGGGCAAAGGGAAAGGGAAGGAUGGCAAGAAGGGCAAGAAGGAGGCGCUCGAGGAGGCGGAGGAGACGUCAGACACGGAGCUGCUGAAGGCGGAGGAGAGCGAGGAGCCCGAGGUGGUGGAGGAGGAGAAGGAGGAGGAGGAGGUCGCUGUGGAGGAGCCCAAGAAGGCGAAAGGGAAGGAGAAGAAGGGGGUGCUCAAGGCGGUGGUGGCCAAGAAGCCGGGCCGGGGGAAGAAGGUGCAGCUGGAGCCGGAGGAGGAGGAAGGCGAGAGCAAUGCCGCACCGGCCAAGAACCUCAAGGGCACCUCCAAGCUGGUGAUGGGGCUGGCGGCUGACAACACCAAGAAGAAGAAAGGGGCCAAGGGUGCGGAGGCCAAGGGCCAGACGAAAGCAUCCACUGUGGCAGCUGGCCCAGCCGAAGAGGAGGAGGUGGCGGCAGAGGCACCGAAGGCCCGGGCGAAGCGGAGCCUCCGCAGCACCUCCAAGCUCUUCAUGGGCUUCAAGAAGUUGGGGCUGAGGCGGCCCAAGAAGGGGCAGUUCAAGAACACGUCCCGCUUCUUCUGGGGGCUGCAGAAGCACAGCACCAAGAGGAAGAAGAAGAAGAAGAACAAGGCCGUGCUCAAGUCCACCUCCAACCUCAUGGUGCGCUUCAAGCACGUGGGCAAGAAGAGGAAGGAGGCGGAUGCCACCACUGUGGCUGCCACCACCGCUGCCACCGCCGCCACCUCCCUGCCGGCAAAACCAUCCUUCCUGCUGCUGCGCCGGGCAGGGCAGGCGGCCGAGGACGGCGCGUCCCUCUUCCGCCGGCGCCCGGAAAGGAAAUUCAAGCCCCGGGCGCAGGUGCUGAGCAAGGCGGCCGCCGCCACGGGCUGGCUGGCCAGGAAGCUGCUCUCGCGGCGCGGGCAGCUGGCGGGGGGCGGCCGGGCAGCCGACACGGCCUGGCUGUCCCGCAUCGGUGCCAAGAAGCUGCCGUUCCCCGCGGAAGACGAGAUCCUCAGGCACCGAGCCAACAUGAGGCGGCUCCCGGCCGGCAGCGGGCCGGCGGCUCCCGGUGCAGCACGGCACGGCCAGGAGCGGCUCGGCAGCAUGGCGCGGCGCCCGUCACGGCGGCGAUCGCAGCGUACGCCUGUAGAGACGCCGGUGCCGCGCUAUGGGUGGGCACAGGAGGAGCGGGAUGGGGCCUACGGGCGCCGGCAUGGGUACGCCAAGGAGGUGCAGGAGGGGGCCUGUGGCCACCGGCUGAGCUACACCAAGGAGGAGGAAGACGGAGCCUACGGUCGCUGGCGUGGCUAUGCUGAGGAGGAGGAGGAUGGGCCCUAUGGCCUCCAGCACGGUUAUGCUGAGGAGGAAGAGGAGGAGGAAGGCUACAUGCAGUCACCAACCCCAGCCUACCCGGCGGGGUACGGCUUUGAGGAAAUGGCGCCCAGCCGUUACGUCGAGUACCCUGGCUAUGAGGCGGAGGAGGAGUACGGUUUCUGUGGCGGGGGCUGGGAUGAGGACGAGCCAUUGGAGCACCCCUAUGGCUGCGCAGAGGACGAGGACUACGAGCCGUAUGGUGACAGGACCCUGCUCCGCCUCCACGACCCUUAUGGCAGCGACCUGGAGUACGGCGAGGAGGCGGCGGGGCCCUUCGGCUACGCGAGGGACCCAUACGAGGACUUUGGGGACCCCCUCAGCCCCGUGGCAGGCGGUGGGGGGUACAUGGGGAAUGAGUACCCCGAACACCGCAUCCAGUACAGCGAGGGCGGGUGGGCGCCGCACGCCCAGUCCUCCUGCAACCCCUACGCCCUGCCCCUGGACGAGAUCGCCGAGGCCGAGGAGCCGGAGGAGUGGGAGGAGGAGGAGAGGGAUUAUCCUUUCUCCAUCCUCAGCACCUCCUCUCUCAAGGGCAUGCGGGACACGCUGUCCUCCAAGCUCUCCCUCAACAGGAAAUUCAGGCUCUUCCCCCGGCCUCAGGUCAAGAUUUUCGGCAGGGACCGCCUGGACAUCUCCCUCCCACCGUCCCCGCACCGUGACGAGGAUGACUAUGAUGAGUACGAGCCGCUGCCGGCUGCCGUUGGCCCCGCGGGAUGCCGGGGGGGCCGGGUCUCGGCGGCGCGGGCGUGCGGGAGCCCGCUGGGGCAGUUCCUGCAGCACUCCCUCUUGCAGCCCCAGCCCCUGCUCCAGCCCCCCAGCCGCCCACCUCGGGGUGUGGGAGCCCCCCAAGACCGUGGGGCCCCCCAGCCUUCCUACAGGUGCUUCAGCCGCAGGCUGGCGGGGAUGGAGAGCUCUGGGUCGGUGCGGACAGGGGGUGGCCGGGACCCCCCGCCCCGAGAUGCUCCCUCCAGGGACCCCUCCCCACCAGGGGGGCCAUGGGGACAGCCCCCUCCCCGGGAACCAGGGGUUUUGCGGCCGCCCUCGCUCCGUAACCCCUUUGCAAACCCUGGGGGCUCCCCACCACCAGCCCGGCAGCACCCUGGCAGCAUGCGGGGCGAGGGCGCGCGGCGCUCCCCAUCCCUCGGCGCCAGCCUCCGCCGGCUCAGCCCUGAGCCCCCCGCCACGCCACGGGCACCCCCAAACACCGUGAUGUCGGGGCCGGGGUCACAACGUUUGGGGGUACCCGUGGCAGGGUCGGGGAGGUCCCCGUCCCCGCGGCCGUCACGGCGGAGCAGCCCCCCCGGGAUGGCAUCCCCAGGACGGCUCCCCCAAGCCUGGACCCGGCAGCCUGAGCCCCCCACCAAGGCCGUGAAGCCGCUGAUGAGGACUCCCUUCCUCCCACCGUCCUCACGCCCUGGCAGCCGCCGACUCGGCCCCCCCAGCCCCUCCUGGGACAAGGGACCCAGCAUGGAGCUGCCCCCCUGGCAGGGCACCCCCCCGCCGCCCAGCCCUGCACCUGGGCCCCCCAAAUCUUUCCUCCAGCGCAUCGGGCAGCCCCUGGCUGGCAUGGCCCCGCAGUCACAGCCAGCAAGGCCAUCUCCUACUGAAACGGGGGGCCGCAGCCUGUCCCCGGGACGGAUCCGGCACAUGGGGCAGUCCCUGGCAUCGCUGCUGGUGGGGAGCAUGGCCCCCACCCAAGCCCCCCCAUCCCCACCUCCGGCUCGCCGUCCCCUGUCCCGCUCGCCCUCCCCGCCGAGGCGCGCAUCCCGGCGGGAUGGGGGCACCCCCAGAUCUCCAAGCCCUAACGUGCGGUGCCCGCUCCCCACCUCCACCCCCAGCACCCGCCGCAGCCCCUCGCCCCGUGGCCGUGCCCCGGGCUCUCCGUCCGCCCUCCGCCGCAGCACGCGUGCCCCCGAGCCUCCGGAGAGCGAGGCUGUGGCCGGGGAGGACGGCGCGGGGCGCUACGCCGUGGUGACGCCGCAGAUCCAGAGGCUGGGCUCCUUCCGGAGAGCGUCCCGCAUGUACAAGCAGCACUGGUCCAAGCAGCACGUCGUGCAGGUGCAGGAGAUGCCCGACGCCUGGACGGCCGAGCAGGGCUACCCCCGGCGCCCCACUGAGCGCAGCCGGCAGCGGGCGAGCCAGCGGGGAGCUGACAUCGCCCGGUACCUGAGCCAGCGCUCGCCGGUGGGCGACUGGAGGGACAGGAACCCCUGGGCGGACGGGUACCUGGGCACCAAGCAGCCCUGGCGCAGCAAGAUGCAGUCGCUGUGCAGCCUGCCCAUCGUGCGCUACCAGGAGCCGCAGGAGGAGGACGGGCUGGAGGACCUGACCCAGCUGGAGGACCUGCAGGAAGCCGCGGUGCUGAGCAACAUCCGGACACGGUUCGAGCGCCAGCUCGUCUACACGUACAUCGGCAGCAUCCUGGUGUCGGUGAACCCCUACCGGCUGUACAACAUCUACGGGACGGAGCAGGUGCUGCAGUACGAGGGCAGGGCGCUGGGCGAGAACCCCCCGCACCUCUUUGCGAUUGCGAACGUCGCCUACUCUAAAGUGAUGGAUGCCAAACACAACCAGUGUAUCGUCAUCAGUGGGGAGAGCGGCUCGGGGAAGACCGAGGCCACCAAGCUGAUCCUGCGCUACCUGGCAGCCGUCAGCCAGAAGCGCAGCACUGCACAGCAGGUGGGUAUCCUGGAGGCGACCCCCUUGCUGGAAUCCUUCGGCAACGCCAAAACUGUGAGGAAUGACAAUUCCAGCAGGUUUGGGAAGUUUGUGGAAAUCUUUCUGGAGGAUGGUUUGAUCUGCGGUGCCAUCACCUCUCAGUACCUGCUGGAGAAGUCCCGCGUGGUCUUCCAGGCCAAGAGCGAGCGCAACUACCACAUCUUCUACGAGAUGCUGGCGGGGCUGCCCGCCCAGCAGCGGCAGCGGUACUGCCUGCAGGGCGCCGAGACCUACUACUACCUGAACCAGGGUGGGAACUGCGAGAUCCCCGGCAAGGACGACGCGGAGGGUUUCCGACGGCUGCUCAGCACCAUGGAGGUGCUGGGCUUCAGCGUGGACGAGCAGAACAGCAUCUUCCGCAUCCUCUCCUCCGUCCUCCACCUGGGCAACGUCUACUUCGAAAAAUACGAGACGGACUGCCAGGAGAUCGCCACGGUGGUGAGCGCCACGGAGAUCCGGACGGUGGCGGAGCUGCUGCAGAUCUCCCCCGAGGGGCUGCAGAAAGCCAUCACCUUCAAGGUGACGGAAACGCUGCGGGAGAAGAUUUUUACCCCCCUGACUGUCGAAAGCGCUGUGGAUGCCAGGGAUGCCAUCGCCAAGACCCUGUACGCCCUGCUCUUCGGCUGGCUCACCGACCGCAUCAACAAGCUGGUGUACCCGCGGCAGGACGCCCUCUCCAUCGCCAUCCUGGACAUCUACGGCUUCGAGGAUCUCAACUUCAACAGCUUCGAGCAGCUGUGCAUCAACUAUGCCAACGAGUACCUGCAGUUCUUCUUCAACAAGAUCGUCUUCCAGGAGGAGCAGGAGGAGUACCUGCGGGAGCAGAUCGAGUGGAAGGAAAUCCCCUUCAGCGACAACCAGCCCUGCAUCGACCUCAUCUCCCAAAAACCCUACGGCAUCCUCCGCAUCCUGGACGACCAGAGCUGCUUCCCCCAGGCCACGGACCACACGUUCCUGCAGAAGUGUCACUACCACCACGGCACCAACCCGCUGUACACCAAGCCGAAGAUGCCGCUGCCCGAGUUCACCAUCAAGCACUACGCGGGGAAGGUGACCUACCAGGUUCACAAGUUUUUGGAUAAGAACUACGACCAGGUCCGCCAGGACGUGCUGGACCUGUUCCUCAGCAGCAGGACCAAGGUGGUGGCCAACCUCUUCUUCGGCCAUGCCCAGGUGCUGGCCCGGCAGAGGAGCCUGGUCAGGAGGAGCAGCACCAGGACGCGGCGCUACAAGGCUCCCACCGUGGCCGCCCGCUUCCAGCAGUCGCUGCUCGACCUGGUGGAGAAGAUGGAGAGGUGCAACCCCUUCUUCGUGCGCUGCCUCAAACCCAACAACAAGAAAGUGAGAGCUGGCCCUGGCAGCGCAGUGGGCGCGUGGUGGCACCGGGGUCCCCACGUCCCCCUUCCCCUCGCCAGUUUGGGUUUGCUCGUGUGGCUUCACCCCCUCGUUCCCCAGGAGCCGGGGCUCUUCGAGGCCGACGUGGUCAGCAGCCAGCUGCGGUACUCGGGCAUCCUGGAGACCAUCCGCAUCCGCAAGGAGGGCUUCCCCAUCCGCAUCCCCUUCCUCGUCUUCAUCGACAGGUACCGCUGCCUGGUCGACAUGUGGUCCAACGUGGUUCCCAACGGGGCCAACUGCGUGGAGAUGCUGAGGAACCUCUGCCCCGUCAGCCCCAGCAUGUACUACGUCGGCGUCACCAAGCUCUUCCUGAAGGAGCAGCUGUACCAGGCGCUGGAGAGCAAGCGAGCCCGUGCGCACCACCUGGCCGCGCUCACGCUGCAGCGCUACGCCCGCACCUUCUUCAUCAAGCGGCGCUUCCGCUCGCUGCGCCGCAAGAUCGUCCUGCUGCAGAGCCGGGCGCGCGGCUACCUGGCCAGGCAGCGGUACCGGCGCAUGAGGCACACGCUCAUCAAGUUCAGGUCGCUGGUGCACAUCUACGUGAACCGCCGGCGGUACCUCAAGAGGAAGGAGGACGCCCGCCGGCGGGCGGAGGAGGAGAAGGAGAGGAUGAAGCAGGAGCUGACGAGGAGGGAGGUGGUGGACGUGACGCACCUGGAGAUCCCCGCAGAGCUGAUGGGGCUGCUGGAGGCCGCGGCGGCCGCCCGGGAGGUGAACGCCGGCUGCGUGGUCCUGGUGCCGCCCCCGGCAUUGCAGCCCGACUCCCAGCUCACCCUCCCACUCGACAUCAACGACUACCCCAUGGCCAAGUACGUGCGGGGCCACUUCCAGGAGCCGGCUUUUGGGAUGCUGACGGCCCCGCUGGCAGCUCCGCUCACCCGGCUGGACGAGGAGCUGUGCCACGAGGCGCUCGGCCUCUUCAAGCUGAUCCUGCGCUUCAUGGGCGACCCGGGGCUGGGCGGCUCGCAGGAGACCCUCUUUGGCAACUACAUCGUGCAGAAGGGGCUGGCGGCGCCGGGGCUGCGGGACGAGCUGCUGGCACAAGCCGCCAACCAGGUCUGGCGCAACACCAACGUCAACAACGAGGAGCGGGGCUGGCUGCUGCUGGCCGCCUGCCUCAGCGCCUUCCCCCCCUCGGCCGCCUUCGACAAGUACCUGCUCAAGUUUGUCUCCGACUACGCCUUCGCCGGCUACAAGCCGGUGUGCCAGCGCAAGCUGAUGCACGCCAUGGCGCGGUCCCAGCUGGGCGCCGCGGCCGCCCGCGCCUACCCGCCCUCGCUGCUGGAGUGGACGGCGAACCGGCGGCAAGCCAGCAUGGCGCUGCAGCUCUUCUGCUUCAACGGCGACACGUUCUCCUGCCCCGUGCACUCCUGGAGCACCGGCGAGGACCUGGCCGGGGAUGUCCUGAAGCACAGGGGGCUGGCAGAGGGCUGGCGCGGCUGGUCCGUGGCCAUGAAGGUGGGCACCCAGUGGGCCGAGCUGGCCGGCCACGACUACGUCCUGGACCUCGUCUCCGACCUGGAGCUGCUCCAGGGCUUCCCCAAGCAGAAGUCGUGCUUCCUCAUCGCCUGGGAGGGCGCAGGGAGCCGCGGCCGUGCCAGCCAGGCGGCGCAGGGGCACGGUGGCGUGGAUUUGGACGAAGUGCCUCCUCCUCCGGCCGUCAGAGCGCCCACGCUGCCCUCGCUGGCGGAGGCAGAGGGGUACCCGCCGCACGAUUCUGACUUUGGGGAGCCGCGCACCCAGAAGGGUUUGGACCGGUACCUGGACAGCCUCUUCGACCCGGUGCUGUCCUACGGCAACGGGGAGCUGGAGAAGCCGGCUGUCCUCGUGCAGAGGAUGAAGGGAGGAGGUGGCACAGGAGGAGGGGACAGCGGGGGUGAUGCCAAGCAGACCAGACCCGCUGCGCCUGCAGAGCCGCGGCAGCCGAGGGGUGAGCUCAGGGCUGCGGAGCAGCGCUGGGCGGACCCCAACCCACCAGGAACCCCGGGCAGAGCAGCGGAGGUGUCACCCAUCCGUGGCCCCCAGCCCCGGCCCUACCUGCAGAAAGCCGCGCCCACAGGCCAGCAGUGGGAUGGCGAGCCGGUGCGGCACUCCCGGCUCAACUCGGAGCACUUCCCGCGGCCCACGCACAACAUCCGAAACAUCAUCCGGCAGUGCCAGCCCGCCCCGCGCGGCACCCAGCCCGCCAGCAAGCUCUUUGGGAAGAAGCUGGACCCCCACGAGGAAGCCAUGCAGAUCCUGAAGGAGCAGCUCUCGGCAGCCCAGGUGCCCGCGGCCGGACCCACGGAGGCGGCGGCCGCGGUGAAACCGGUCACGGGUGGUGGGUACCAGCCGCGAGCACCGACGGGGAGACCGGCAGCCACCCGGCCCCCAGUCUCCGUGUCACGGGAGCUCCCGUCCGAGGCGCAGCAGGUCCAGACCCGGCUCCACCGCAGCUGCAGCGAGGACUUCUACACCUACCACAAUGUGCCGUGGAAAAUGUACAUCCGCAAGGAGGUUUUCUACCCCAAGGACAGCUGCAACAACCCGCUGCUGCUGGACCUCAUCUUCCGGCAGAUCUUCACCGACACGCUCUCCGACACCUGCAUCCGCAUCAGCCCCGAGGAGCGGCUCCGCAUGAAGUCCCUCUUCGCGGAAAACAAGCUGGACUCCUUCAGCCCGGUGGCCACCGAGAGCGUCAAGAAGGAGAUCGUGGCUGCUGCACGGGACGGCUGCGAGGUGUAUUUCUCACGCCUCUUCCCCGCCACGGGCAGCGUGGGCACAGGGGUGCAGAUCCUGGCCGUGUCCCACGCCGGCAUCAAGCUGCUGCGGCUGGUGAAGGGCACCAACGUGCCCGGGGAGCAGCUGCGGGUGCUGCGGGCGUACAGCUACGCCGACGUGCUCUUCGUGACCACCCCGUCCAGGAACAUGCUGGAGUUCAACCUGAGCAGCGAGAAGCUCAUCCUCUUCUCCCCCAAGGCCCCGCAGGUCAAGGCCAUGGUGGACCAGUUCAUCACGGAGCUCAGGAAGGACUCCCAGUACGUGGUGGCCGUCAGGAACUACAGCCCGGAGGACGGCGCCCAGCUCAGCUUCCACAAGGGGGACAUCAUCCACCUGCAGCCGCUGGAGCGCCCCGAGCGAGACCACUACUACGGCUGCGUGGUCCGCAAGAAGGUGAUGUACCUGGAGGAGCUGAAGACGGGCACCCAGGAUUUUGGGUGGAAGUUCGGGGCCAUCCACGGCAGGUCGGGGCUCUUCCCGGCCGAGUACGUCCAGCCCGUCGCGGCCCCCGACUUCGUCCACUUGCCGGCGGAGAGGAAAGAGGAGCCCCGGGACAAGCAGGGCAGGGUGGCGGCCUCGGGGGCCGUGGCCGUGGCCGUGGCUUCCACUGCCGUGGCCCGGGAGCUGGACCGCAGAACAGAGGUGUCUCCUGCCUUCCCCGGGGGUCCGGAGGGUGAUGGAGGUGACCGGCUUGGGGACAUCGUGGGGACCUGCCCCAUGCUGGCCUUCGCCAGGCGGUAUUUCCGCGCGGCACGGAGCGGGACUACGGAGUCCUGUGGGACGAAGGGUAAAAAGGAAGGGCCCGACGGGAUGGAGAUGCUGAGGUUCACCAAGGUCCCCAUCCAGGAAUCUCUCAUCGAGUUCACGGACGGCAGCAUCAGCAAGCUGGCCACCGAGGCUUUCCAGGCCGUGAUGAAGUUCAUGGGCGACCACCCUCCGAGGGGGCAAACGGAGCUGGACAUCGUCUGCACCGUCCUCAAGCUGUGCGCGGAGCACGAGGUCCUGCGGGACGAGGUGUACUGCCAGGUUGUCAAGCAGGUCACCGACAACACCAGCUCCAAGCCGGACAGCUGCCAGAAGGGCUGGAGGCUGCUCUACAUCCUCACCGCCUACUACAAGUGCUCCAAGGUGCUCAGGCCCUUCCUCCUGGCUUUCCUGCAGGGUGCCAGCGGGCACCCGGAGCUCCCUUUCCACGGGAUCUCCAAAGCCUGCGAGCAAAACCUGCGGAAAACCCUGCAGUUCGGCGGCCGCAGCCUGUUCCCCAGCAGCACGGAGCUCAAAGCCAUGGUGGCUGGGCGCAGCGCCAAGCGCCAGCUCUUCCUCCUGCCCGGCGGCAUCGAGCGGCACCUCAAGAUCAAGACGUGCUCGGUGGCUCAGGACGUGAUAGAGGAGCUGUGCUGCGAGAUGGGGCUGCGGCGCCCGGAGGCUUUCGACGAGUACAUCCUCUUCGUGGUCGCCGACAGAGGGCAGAACGUGCGGCCGCUGACCCGCCGGGAAUACAUCCUGGACGUGGCCACCGAGACGGAGCGCCUGGACGCCAGCUACACCUUCUGGUGCCGCCGCGUGGUCUGGAGCCAGCCCCUCAAGUUCGACAACGAGCUCUACGUCACCGUGCACUACAACCAGGUGCUCCCCGACUACCUCAAGGGGCUGUUCGCUGUCCUGCCGCCUUCGAGGCUGGGAGAGCAGCGCUUCCAGCAGGUGGCCAAGCUGGCCGCCCUCCAGCACCGCGCCAAGGACGGCCACCGCCUCCCCACCGCGAGGGAGGUGCAGGACUACGUCCCCCCGCAGCUCUUCCACCUGCUGACGGCCCAAUCCUGGCUGCACAUGGUGACCCAGCACACGCAGCAAGCCCAGGCGCUCAGCGCCCACCAGGCCAGGGCGCAGUUCCUGGGGCUGCUGAGCGCCUACCCCAUGUUCGGCUCGUCCUUCUUCUACAUCCAGAGCUGCAGCAACAACGCCAUCGUCUCGCCCUGCAUCCUGGCCGUCAACCAGAACGGCCUCAGCUUCCUCAGCAAGGACACCCACGAGCCGGUGGCCAAAUUCUCGCUGAAGGAGAUCCAGGCGACGCGGACGCGGCGGCCGACGGCCGGCUCCAGCUACCCCUACGUGGAGAUCACGGUGGGGGAGCUGCUGGCGCAGGGCAUCACCCAGCUGCAGCUGGAGCAGGGCCUGGAGCUGUGCCGCGUGGUGGCCGCGCACGUGGAGAGGCUGCUGGGCGCGCGGGAGAAGAGGCUGACGCUGCCGCCCAGCGAGAUCACGCUGCUCUGAGCCACCCCGCCGGAUGGUCCCGGGGGGCUUGGGGGGGUUGGGGU